AUGUAUUCCAGAAGUACGGGCACCAGAUCCGCCACCGCGGUGCAGGUCAUCCAGGACAACGACGCCGCAUCGAUGGCAUCCACAGCCGCCACAACAGCCGCCACGGAUGCAGUACCACCAUUAACCCGUGGUACUUCAACCGACUCAUCUGGAGCGUCCUCGGCAGACACAGACAUGGCCAGUAGUAUAUUGGGAGAUGGAUACAUGUUGGAGUCACAAGAUGGAGUGUUGACGGUGCCGUUUCGAUACCAUGAGGACGCCGAUCUGCUCUGUCCGUUCCAGAUCUUGGACUGCGAUCAGGUCUUUGCCGACAUCAUCCACUUCAAAAUGCAUGUGUUUUCGCACUUCCGAGGACAUGAGCUGCCGACAUUCGCCACUUGUUUCUUGUGCGACAACAAGUAUGUUUCCCGUCCAGACGAUGACCCGGCCUUUGCGUGGAACACUAUGUUAUCCCAUAUGGUGCAUGAACACUUUCGACAAGGCCAACAGCUGGCGACGGUCAGAACCGACUUCGGCCUAAUGAAAUGGAUGUAUAAUCGGAGGAUCAUCAAUGAUCAACAAUUCAAGAGAACCCAGUUACUCCCAGUGCAGACUGUCCUUCCCGGAGCCGCCACAACAAGAAGACAAAUGGUAACCGUUGCAGAGUUGCCGCGAGCGCCGUCAGCGUCGCCACCAGCGGCUGUAAGAGCACACCUGGCCCUGUCGAUGGGAUACCAAAACGAACCUUACACAAUGAAUGCAGGGCGGAGGCAAGAAAGACGUCGACUUGAUGCCACUCGAACCAUGGUCCGAGCACAUAGUUAUAUUUGA